UGGUUACCACAACUGGACUGCUGGUCAACCAAGUUAUAGCUGGGGGAAGGAUCUCUGUGUGAAGAUGCAAAGUGAUGGAGCAUGGACCGAUACACACUGUAAUCACCACAAUUAUGUUGCUUGCUACACAGACAUAAGUACUUCAGGCCAAAAGCAAUAUCAUGUGGUUGAACAGAACAUGACAUGGGAGCAAGCGAAGGUGUACUGCAGAGAACACUAUAAAGACCUGGCCAUGAUCGAGACUGAGGAGGAGAACAGCAAGGUCUUAACAGAAGUAAUGUCUAAUGUCUGGAUUGGUUUGUAUCGGAUACCCUGGAGAUGGUCGGAUGGCAGCAACAGCACUUUUAAACACUGGCAGGCUGGAAAGCCCAAUUCCCACAACAAUAAUGAGCACUGUACUGUUGAACUUUCAAACCACGUAUGGAAUGAUAAGUAUUGUUACAGCAAGUAUGCAUUCAUCUGCCAGGAAGAUCUUCAAAAAGUGAGGAAGAGCAUGGUGAAGAUGAAGAUUUCGACUGAAGGUGACUUUUCAGAUGCAGCUGUACUGCAACAGGCACUUCUGACAAGCUACAACAAAACUGGAUUCAAGAUGGAAUGGAUGAUUAAAUUCAAAGAAGAAGAAGAAGAACAGCAAAACAACAAAGAAGAAAACGACAUCCAGUGUGACCAGUGAGGAUUUCCUAAAUCCAGACAAAAUGUUGCUGUUUUUUUAACUUGAGACU